AUGAGUAACGCAAACCCUUCAGAAGAUGGUGCAAGCAGUAAUAUCUGGCCUAAUAAGAAGGAAGAUUAUGAAUUACAAGAUUCUAUUGGUGUUGGUGCAACAGCAACUGUUUACAAAGCAUUAUGCAUUCCGCGAAAUGAAUUGUGCGCUAUUAAAUGCAUCAAUUUGGAAAAAUGUCAAACUUCUGUUGAUGAACUUUUUCAUGAAAUCAACGCAAUGGCAUUAUGUAUGCAUCCAAAUGUUGUGAUGUAUCACACAUCAUUUGUCGUUGACGAGGAAUUGUGGGUCGUUAUGCGACUGCUCAAUUGUGGCAGCAUGCUUGAUAUUUUGAAACGACGUGUGAAGUCAAUGGGAAAGGAGGCAGCUUCAUCUGGUGUUUUAGAUGAAGUAACAAUUGCUACUGUUCUGAAAGAAGUAUUGCGGGGAUUGGAAUACUUUCACAGUAGUGGCCAGAUACAUCGUGAUAUCAAAGCCGGAAACAUAUUAAUCGCCGAUGAUGGUACUGUUCAGAUAGCUGAUUUUGGAGUAUCCGGAUGGUUGGCUGCUAGUCAGGGAGAUUUAUCAAGACAAAAAGUGCGACAUACAUUUGUUGGAACACCUUGUUGGAUGGCUCCAGAAGUUAUGGAGCAAGUUUCGGGAUAUGAUUUUAAAGCUGAUAUCUGGAGCUUUGGAAUUUUAGCUAUUGAAUUAGCCACUGGGACAGCGCCAUAUCAUAAAUUCCCUCCGAUGAAAGUCUUGAUGUUAACGUUGCAAAAUGAUCCACCAAAUUUAGAUACAAAUGCUGAAAAGAAAGACCAGUAUAAAGCAUAUGGCAAAAGCUUUCGACAUGUUAUAAAAGAUUGUCUGCAGAAAGACCCAUCAAAGCGACCAACGGCAAGCGAACUUCUGAAGUACUCUUUUUUCAAGAAGGCCAAAGACAAAAAGUAUUUGGUACAUGCCUUAAUUGAAAAUUUGGCAUCAAUGCCGUUGCCUUCACAUCACCAAGCUGAUUUGCCCAAAAAGGUAACUUCUGGCAAAUUGAAAAAGAAUUCAGAAGGUAAUUGGGAAUUUGAGGUGGAAGAUAGUGGCUCAGAUGAUGAUGCAGAAAAGAUCGAAAAAUUAGAUAUUCCAACAGCCUCUAGUGCUGCAGCGUCUAGUGCAGAUGCAAUAAAUUUGGUACUGCGUGUAAGGAAUACGCAAAAAGAGCUGAAUGAUAUCAAGUUUGAUUACACACCAUCUGUAGAUACGGUCGAAGGUAUAGCUCAUGAAUUAGUCGCAGCUGAGUUGAUCGAUGGUCAUGAUCUUGUUGUUGUAGCAGCAAACCUAAAAAAACUUGUAGAUGCGGCAUUAGAAAAAAGUGAAAAAAAGUCAGUCACUUUUGCUUUAAGCUCAACAACACCACAGGAGAUACCAGAUGAGCGUGCUCUAGUUGGUUUUGCACAGCUAUCACUGGCUGAUUCGAGUUCAUGUCAAAGCGACUGA